CGUGGCACGAAGGUCCUGCCGCAGAGCCACCGACCCCGCAGGCGCCUCUCCUCCCUGCAGGCCUGUCACAGAUCUGUCAGCGAGUCAUCGCGGGCAGGGCCCGCGCUUCAGGCCACCGGCCCCAGCUGCGGCCUCUUCUCAUGCCAGGGCCACUCCCCGGGCCCCGGCGCUCCGCCCGCAGCCCCAAGGAGUGGAGGCCGCCGCGGAAUCGGCUCCUGGGGUGAAGGGCCCCGGGAGGACCCCCGUAGGGUCUCACCGGGCCGCGGCCGCGGAGGGGAAGGCGAGAUACUUAGCGAGGAUCGUGGCCUGAGCCGCCGUGUCGGGCAGCACCUCUGGCCGCAGCUGGCCCUCCCCCGCCCCAGCAGGUGUAUGGCCCGGCCGGCCGGCGUCCAGCGCUGGGUGAGCACAGCAGGCAGGAGGGCCCGGGAGAUGCCAGCAAACCUUGACCUUGAAGAUGGUGAGUAGCCAGCCAAAGUACGAUCUAAUACGGGAGGUAGGCCGAGGUAGUUACGGUGUUGUAUAUGAAGCAGUCAUCAGAAAGACCUCUGCACGGGUGGCAGUGAAGAAAAUCCGAUGCCAUGCACCUGAAAAUGUUGAACUAGCACUUCGUGAAUUCUGGGCACUAAGCAGUAUCAAGAGCCAACAUCCAAAUGUGAUUCACCUGGAAGAAUGCAUCCUACAGAAAGAUGGGAUGGUGCAAAAGAUGUCCCAUGGCUCUAAUUCUUCCCUUUAUUUACAGCUUGUAGAGACUUCGUUAAAAGGAGAAAUUGCCUUUGAUCCCAGAAGCGCCUAUUAUUUGUGGUUUGUGAUGGAUUUUUGUGACGGAGGAGAUAUGAAUGAGUAUCUGUUGUCCAGAAAACCCAAUCGGAAAACUAACACCAGCUUCAUGCUUCAGCUGAGCAGUGCCCUGGCUUUCUUGCAUAAAAACCAGAUCAUCCACCGAGAUCUGAAGCCGGACAACAUCCUGAUUUCUCAAAGCAGGUUGGAUACUAGUGACUUAGAACCUACAUUGAAAGUGGCUGAUUUUGGCCUAAGCAAAGUUUGUUCAGCCUCUGGGCAAAACCCAGAAGAACCUGUCAGCGUAAACAAGUGUUUCCUUUCCACGGCAUGUGGAACGGAUUUCUACAUGGCUCCUGAAGUAUGGGAAGGACACUACACAGCGAAAGCUGACAUCUUUGCUCUGGGGAUUAUUAUCUGGGCGAUGCUGGAAAGGAUCACAUUCAUAGACACAGAGACAAAGAAGGAACUCCUGGGGAGUUAUGUAAAACAAGGAACUGAAAUUGUGCCGGUUGGGGAGGCACUUUUGGAAAAUCCCAAAAUGGAACUUCUAAUUCCUGUGAAGAAAAAGUCUAUGAAUGGGCGAAUGAAACAACUGAUUAAGGAAAUGCUGGCCGCAAACCCUCAGGAUCGUCCAGAUGCUUUUGAACUAGAACUCAGAUUAGUACAAAUUGCAUUUAAAGAUAGCAGCUGGGAAACGUGACAUAUUAUUUACAGAUAUCUUGGAUGAUAUGCUGCUUCUGAUUUAACAGUGAUGCAACAUUAUGUGGCUGAAAAAGAAUACAAAAAGCUAAACUCCACCUUCUAAGGGUUUAGAUUUUAUUGUGGGAUUUUUUUUCCUCAUUUUUCUUAAUCCAAGCUGGCCAUUUUGUUAGUAUGUUUUAAAUGUAUAUUACCAAUGUGGGUGUAGACUUCUUUUUUUUUUUUUUUUUUUUUUUUUUUUAAUGAUCAUUGGUAGAAGUUUGGCAGGAAAAUUCCCUAAGAGCCAAGAAGAAAAGAGUCCAGUUUUUUGGAAAUAUGUCUCUAAGUAUUUUAGGCAUUCCUUGUCAGUAUUAGGCAUUUCCAUGAAAAAAGAGGUUUGCAUGCUGGUAAUGCAACCUUUGAAGCUUUGUAAAGGAAACAUAUAUGUAUAUAUUUAUGUAUAUGUAAGUAUGUGAAUGUGUGCAUUUUGCAUUCCAUUUGAAGAAAAUGCCACUUCUGUUUAAAUUAUUUGAUAGAGGUUUGGGUUUUUGAGAUUUGCUGGUGAAAUUAGUGAUGAAAAAUAAAUGAACCUUCCCUCAUCUUCUUCCCCUGUCCCUCCCUCUAAUGAGAUCUUACUAAUUUUUUUUUUUUUUUUUGUAAUGUUAUACAACUUUUUUUGAAGGCAUCAUUUUGGAGGGUCUAAAAUUACUGAUUAAACAUAAUUGAAAUUAAGCAAUCCAAAGCUGCUGAAGUAUGUCUGAGCUCUCUCCAGUGCCCUGUAGCUCUUAGACUUAAAUUAGUCAUGCAAUCAUAUGGUAGAGGUCAGCAAGGAUAUUUAUUCAGUCAUACCUUCUUUUAGGUAACUGAGCAUUCUUUUAACUAAUUAAACCACUGCAUUGGGACAGAUCUGCCCUGGAGCAUCUACAAUCUGAUAUAAAUCUGAAUACGGGAUUCUUUUGUUUCUAAAAGCUUUGCUAUAAAUGAAAAACAACACUUGAUGUAUUAAUUUUUGGUUUCAAGACUGUCUAAGCCUCAGUAUAAAGUUGAAGAAACCAAAUCUCACAUUGCCUACCCUGGCAUGGUCUCUUGUUGAAUCACUGGAGUUCCUUUCAUUUUGGCACUGAUACUGUUUUCUUCUCUCAUUUGAGACAGUAAUGGUAGUGUUGACAGAUGUCUUAAAUAUUGGCCACCUUUAUCUAAGGUGGGAAAUAAUACAUGUACAGUUUGGCAAAUGGAUAAAAUCCUGUGGCAUCAACUACUUUUCAAAUAGAAAAGUUAUUGAUUUUAUACAAUCAGUUGGUAUGGUCUGUGUCAAAAACCAAGAGACCAUUAUUUUUUUUUUUUUUUUUUUUUUAAGAGAGAGAGAGAGAAUUUUUUCAAUAUUUAUUUUUUUUAGUUUUUGGCGGACACAACAUCUUUUUUUGUAUGUGGUGCUGAGGAUCGAACCCGGGCCGCACGCAUGCCAGGCGAGCGCGCUACCACUUGAGCCACGUCCCCAGCCCAGAGACCAUUAUUCUUGAAGUUAGUUUAUUUUAAAUGUAUGGUUGUCUCCAGUUUGUUUUCCUGUAAGUGCAGAUAGUUAAAAUCUAAAACUGAAUGUUAGCCUUGAAGGUUAAAUAAACUCUACAUUGUAUCUAGGUUAAUCUUUAUAAAGCAUUAGAAUCUAAAAGCCAAGCAAAAUAGUAUUAGACUGAAAUUAUCAAUAGUUUGCAAAGCCUUCUAAGCUUUUGAACUUCCAGAACUUUUACAAUACUGCUGUCAUAAUUUCCCCCAUUUUUAAUGUAUUCAGAGGAUAAAUGAAGUAAACAUCACAAAAAAUAUUAGAGUGUAUAAAAUUCUAAACUGCGAUACUUAAUCUGGAAUUUUCAAAUUUGCACUGAAAGGUUUUAUUGAAAUAAUGCCUCUAAAAUGAUGAAAAUAAGUCACAAGCCUUUAACAUCAAUUUUAAGCUAUUACGUGUAAGAAUCCUUUUGGAAAUUAUAAAUCUUGUGGAAAUACACAGGAACUUUGCGAUAAUUGACCCUCUACAUCACCAAAUUAGUUUAACAUAGAUAUGACCAAGGUGAUCAAGUAAUUGGAAGUAAGAAAAAGCAUCAUUAUAAUGUCUUGUCACUAACAUGGCACUUCAACAGAUAGCUGAUGCUAGGCCAGUGCUUCAUUUGCUUUUCAAAUAUCUAUUGCUUAAAGUCACAGUUUCCUAAGGGUAUAGUUUUGUGUUCCUGCCUUAUUUAAAGUAGUUGAUUUUUUUUUUUUUUUUUUUUUUUUUGUGGUGCUGGGUCUAACCCAAGUCCUCGAGCAUGCUAUGCAAGAGCUUUACCACUGCGCUACAUCCUCAAGCCCAAUUAUAACUUAUUUUGAAAGAUUUUACUUGUGAAGUAAAAUUCUUUCUUUCAUUGGAGGUAAAAGUGUGAGGUGAUCAGGAAGUUUCUUCUGGAAUUUUCUCAAGUCCUUGUAUUCUAAAAUAGCCUGUGAUACCAACCAAAAUGGUAGUAAAUUCUUCGUCUUUCUUUGUUCUUUCAGUCAGAGGUAUUUAUUAAGUACCUACUGUGUGCUUAGCACUCAAAGUUGAUAAAAAUUAUAGUUAAAAAAAAUGGCUUUUAGCCACAGGCCUUUUCCAGCAAAAAGUAAGAAAUAAAAGAUGAGAGUGAUGUUUGACAAUUCCUGGAAAUUUCCUAGAGAAAAAAUGAAAUUGAGAAUUUGUGCACAGUGCCUUGUCCAUAAUAGGUACUCAAUAAACAAUUAUUCCUCAUAGAGUCUCUUGCCAUGGUUUAUAGUGUUUUAUGAAAUUUGUCUUAAUUGAAAAAAGACCAAAUAUUUCAAAUAAGCUUAUAGGCAGCUGUAUCCAGUUAAAAUAUAGGGUUGUACAGUUAGCUCAUAGAAUGUUAUUUUGCACUAGUCGUCACUUAGAAAGAUGGGGUUCCUGUAGAUUUUUUGGUGCUAAGGGAUACUUUGUCAUUAUGAUGAAGUAAGUAUUAAGUGUCAGAUAAAUAGCACACAGAAUAGUUCUUUCUGCUGGUCUGUUUUGUUUUUUUUUCCUUGUUGUUUUUAAUUGUAAAAUGUUAUCAAUCAAACUAUUGUAGCAGCUACAAAAUAAUUCACCAGCAUGACAAAAUGGUCAAAAAAUGAGUCAUCAGCACUUCAGAAAUGAAAGCAACUUUUGAAAUUUUCUUUUAAAAUUGUCAAAUAUAUUUUAUGAAGAAUUUAUAAAAGGGGGGAAAUGAUUGUAAUUUAUUGUUCAUGACAGUUUUGUUUUUUUUUAAUAAAGUGAGUUUCAACAAAAAACUGAA